CUUCACCUGAACAACUUUUUUUGCUGGAGUGCUUUUCCCAGUUAAACUCAUCUGGGAACCCACCCAAAGUCUAAACUUUGUUCCAUUUCAAUGAGCUUUUGGUGCUUUAGGGUACUGGGUAUGGACAAGUUUGGGUCUUUUUGGUGAAAAAUUUGGUGGGUGACUUGAGUUUUUGGUCAAGCAUGAAGCAGUUUAUGGUUUUGCACCUUGUAAUUUGGAUUUGGGCAAUACUCCUUUGUGGUGUUGCUCAAAGCCGAAGGCCUGCCACUGUGAACAUUGGUGCAGUUUUCACUUUCGAUUCUGUCAUAGGUAGAGCUGCGAAGGUGGCUAUGGAAAUGGCCGUUUCUGAUGUCAAUGAGGACCCACGAAUUCUCAGUGGGACGAAACUCAACUUGAUAUCGAAGGAUGGCGGUUGCAGUGCUUUUCUUGGAUCAAUUGGAGCUCUUCAGGUACUUGAGGAAGGGGUUGCAGCCAUGAUUGGCCCACAGUCAUCUGCCAUAGCUCAUACAAUUUCUCAAAUUGCCGAUGCUCUCCAAGUUCCUCUUCUUUCAUAUGCUGCCACUGAUCCAACCCUGUCCUCCCUCCAGUUUCCUUUCUUUUUUCGUACGACACAAAGUGACUCAGAACAAAUGACUGCAAUGGCUGAACUAAUUGAAUUUAAUGGAUGGAAAGAGGUCAUUGCUGUAUUCUUGGAUGAUGAUUAUGGAAGAAAUGGAAUAUCUGCUUUGGGUGAUGAACUUGAAAAAAGGAGAUUGAAAAUGGCUCAUAAACUACCUUUGAGUGUUAAUUUUGAUCUGGAUGAGAUCACUAACUUGCUGAAUCAAUCCAAACUGUUUGGUACUCGAGUGUAUGUUAUUCAUGUCAACCCAGAUCCAAGAUUGAGAAUUUUUUCCAUUGCCAACAAACUUCAAAUGAUGGCCAAUGACUAUGUUUGGCUUGUAACAGAUUGGCUCUCUGCUACCUUAGAUUCAUUAUCCCCAUUGAAUCAUACCUCUCUCAGUGUUCUACAAGGGGUUGUUGGUCUUUGUCAACACAUUCCGGAUUCCAAAAAAAAAAGAGCUUUUGUUUCUCGAUGGAUAAAAUUGCAAAAAGAAGGUCUAGCAAAUACUAGUUUGAACUCCUAUGGAUUUUAUGCUUAUGAUACAGUUUGGACAGUUGCACAUUCAAUUGAUAAGUUUUUGAAAGUGCAUAAUAAUAUGACCUUCUCUCCUCGUGAUUUCUAUAUGCUACCUCAUACAGAAAGAACUGGUAUUCAGCUUGACAAGCUCAAAGUCUUUGCUGGUGGAUCUGAUUUGGUCAACAUAUUAUUACAAUCAAAUUUUACUGGUCUGAGUGGUCUAAUUCAGUUUAAUAAUUCAGACAGAAAUAUCAUAAGUGGUGGUUAUGAUGUUAUCAAUAUCAAUCAGAUGGCAAUUAAUAGGGUUGGUUAUUGGUCUUAUAAUUCAGGAUUUUCAGUUCUGCCCCCUGAAGUUCUUACAAAAAAAGAACAUAGCAGGUUUUCCCCAGAUCAAAAGCUUGACAAUAUCACUUGGCCAGGUGGAAAGACAGAAAGACCGCGCGGCUGGGUGAUAGCUGAUAAUGCUAAGCCACUUAGAAUUGGAGUGCCAAAGAGAGCAAGUUUUGUUGAAUUUGUAACUGAACUGCAAGAUAGUCAUCAAAUUCAGGGUUACUGCAUUGAUGUCUUCAAGAAAGCCCUUGAAUUUAUUCCAUAUCAAGUUCCUUUUGAUUUCUAUCCUUUUGGGACUGGUAAAGAAAAUCCCAAUUAUGAUGCACUUGUGAAGAUGAUUACUGAAAAUGUAUUUGAUGCAGUUGUUGGAGACAUUGCAAUUGUGACAAACCGUACAAGGAUUGUUGAUUUUUCUCAGCCUUUUGCAUCAUCUAGCCUUGUUAUAGUGGCUCCUAUCAACAAAGCAAGAUCAAAUGCUUGGGUGUUCCUCAAACCAUUUACAGCUGAAAUGUGGUUUGUAACUGCUGCUUCAUUUAUGAUGAUUGGAGUGGUUAUAUGGGUUCUUGAGCACCGAGUCAACGAUGAUUUCCGCGGUCCUCCUAAGAGGCAAAUUGUGACAAUGUUUAUGUUCAGUCUCUCAACACUGUUUAAGACAAAUCAGGAAAAGACAGUAAGCUCACUUUCUAAAAUGGUGAUGAUAGUCUGGCUUUUCCUAUUGAUGGUGAUCACUGCCAGCUAUACAGCAAGCUUGACUUCAAUUCUUACUGUGGAGCAGCUUUCAUCACCCAUAACUGGAAUUGAUAGUUUGAUUGCAAGUAACUGGCCUAUUGGAUACCAAGUAGGGUCAUUUGCUUACAGCUAUUUGUCAGAUAAUCUUUAUGUACAAAGAUCAAGGCUUGUUUCCCUAGGCUCCCCUGAGGAAUAUGCAAUAGCCCUGCAAAAGGGGCCAUCUGGUGGAGGAGUGGCAGCUAUCAUUGAUGAGCUUCCUUAUGUGGAGUUAUUUCUGUCAAAAACUACUGAUUUUGGUAUUAUCGGACAGCCAUUUACUAGAAGCAGUUGGGGAUUUGCUUUUCAGAGAGACUCUCCUCUUGCCCUUGACAUGUCUACAGCAAUUUUGAAACUCUCCGAGAGUGGAGAGCUUCAAAAGAUACAUGACAAGUGGUUAUGUAAGAUGGGUUGUCCUGGAGAAAGGAAUAGCAACUCUGAGCCUGACCAACUUCACUUGGUUAGCUUUUGGGGACUAUAUCUCUCAUGUGGUGUUGUCUCUCUAGCCGCUCUUGUGCUGUUUCUGCUGCGAAUAAUUCGCCAAUAUGGCCGCUUCAAACAAAGACAAAAGGAUAUUGCUUCUUCAUCUUCAGAACCAUCAGGCAUUCAUUGUUCCCAGGUUGUUGUUAACUUCUUUAACUUCAUUGAUAAGAAGGAAGAGGCCAUCAAGAAAAUGUUCACUCAAUGUGACAAUCAACACAACCCCAGCUGAGAUUAUUAAUAUGAUGAUACCUGAUGGCAAUAUAGUAUCUGUAUAGUGACAAUAAUGAUAGUUUUGUAUAUGAUUAGUAGUAGUACUAGUAUUAAUCUAGUUUUUCUUUUUCUUUUUAGAAAGUCCUGCUGUUAAAUAUGGUUUACUUAAAUCAAAUGCAAUAUGUU